GGUUUCUAUCGAUGUGGGACCUGUGCGAGUUUUGGCUCAACCAAAAACUCGAUCUAUGCAAUUGUUUUGUCUCAAGGUGUGUAAUUGUUUUCACUAAAAUUAGCACACUAAAUAAGAUUUCUGCUAAGAAUUUUAGAAGAAUUUUCUGUGGAGAUGACAACGGAUGGAGGGUUGUCAGGUUGUGAGAGGCUCGCGGACCGGCCUGUGAACAGUAACUGUAGGUGCCAAUUAAUUUUGUGUAGCCUGAUAAGUCAAAGUACGGAGACAGUUCGAUGAUGCAGGGACUCUGCCCGGAGGCCAUGAAUCGUGGCGCUAUACAUAAACAUCAGCUGACAGCUAGUCAUGCUCCCAGUCUAGUCAAGUAAGAACGGCGUCUGAAUUAACGAAUCCUGAAGUCAGGAAAAAGAGUCAGACAGAGCAAAAAUUAUGCAGUAUCACUUUUGCCGAUUAAUGCUCUAAGAUGUCGGUAACUGGUCUCCGAGCUCACCUCCGGAAUAAAUUCCGUCCAGAGAAGCAAACACCGCCUGGGGAGCAUGAACAAGUGGUGAAGCAGACUGGUAGUCCAAACCUAUCUCGGACAUCUGACUACGUCGCUUCCUCAGGAUCGGAGGAUGUGAACUCCAGUAUCGAGGAUCUGUCGGCGGACUAUAAUUUGGAUGGCGGGAGUCUGCCUUCGACAGCUGGGAGAAAGUUGUCCGAUAGGAGAAAGGAAAGAGAUUCCGGCAACCAGCUCUCCUCAUCGGAUGGGAAUCGUCGGAGGAGUUCAUCUUCGGCUGUCUCCAAGAUGAGCGCAUGGGAUGGGACAGAGAAAGAAAUUUAUGAAACUCAGCUGAGAACACUUCAAGAACAGCUGGUAGACUCCAUGAUUGAAAAUCAGACGCUCGCUGGGGAGUUAAAGAAAUUCAAGUCUAACAGUGACAUGACUCGCCUCCUUCAGAUGCUAGACCAGGAGAAAGACAAGUCGGAGAAACUCGGCCAGGAAUGUGAAGAGUUGCAUCAGCAGCUGGAAAACGUGGAAAGGAGGAGCUAUAGUCUGGAAGAAUCUCCAUCUUCUGUGGAGCUGGCAGAGGAAGCUGACACGACUGACUUUCCUACCAUCUUGGAUACAAAGUCAUCAAGGGUGUAUCGAUUGCAAGAGUGGUUGACCAACAAGGUCUAUGAGGUGAUUGCAGACUUCACAGAGGAACCUGAUGAUGAGAAGACGGGAGAGAAUGGCGAGGGAGAGGAGCUAGCUGUCAAAAAAUUGAAGGCAAACAUCAAGAGAUUUAAGGCAGGUUACCAGCCAAUUGUGCAGUGGUUCAAGGCCAUUGAUAGCUUAUUCAACUGGAAAUCAAUACCAGGAACAUUCUUGGCAUUUGCUUUGUACAUGUAUGCCAUCAGUAGAGGCUGGCUCAUUACAUUAGUGUUUGGACUUGCUCUCUGGCAUCUAACCAAGAUGUAUCUCAUCUCAAAAGGAUUUGAUAUCAAGUUCUCCCUUCUGCCCUAUCCAGAGGAAGAGGAGAAGAGUGAAGUAGACAAACAGCUUGGACUCUCCGACAAGUUUCAACUUGUUUUAUUUGUGGCAAGAAGAGUUCAGAAUUACAUGGGCACGAUAGCCGAUGGCCUAGAGAAACUACAGAAUUUGUUAUCAUGGGGUAGUCCCGAAGCAACUCAGAAACUGUACACUGGUUUACUGUGUGCAUUCAUGGUAUCUAUUAUCCUUCCGGUUGAAUGGUUCCUCAUCAGUGCAGGAAUGUACAUGGGAUUCAAGAUAUUCAUCACCAACAACAUUUUCCGUAAAUUCCCUCGAGUGAAGGCCAAGUACGACAGUGCCUACAUCUUGUGGCAGUCUCUCCCAACUAACUGGCAGAAAGAUCGAAGACGAACCUUAGAGAAACGGAAGAAGUAUGUCAUUCCAUCAGUUGUUACUGAGACGAGCCAAACAGAGGGUCAUGAAGACUUCACUGCAAUGUUCUCACUACCUACUGAAGAGGUUCCACUGCCAGGUUGGCAUGCUGGUAAGCGAUGCACACAAAUCGUCCGAGAUAAAACGGUUUGCUUUAAAAAUGGCAGGCUCUACUUGACAAGAAGCUUCCUGUGCUUCGAAAGAGCAAGAAAGAACAUGGAAAAAACGAUUGUUAUCCCACUAGCAGAUAUCAUCAAAAUUGAAAAGGCAAAGCCAUUUUUCCUUCUUCCUGGCCAUGGGAUGUCCAUCGAGAUCCAAGUUGCCCUGGAGGACAAACCCUUCGUCUUCGGAGCGAUCUUGAACAGGGAUGAGGUCUUCGCUGUCAUCUUGAGACAGGUUUGCUCCGUCCGAGAUCUGAAGAUGAGGGAGAAUGUGGCCGACAGUGAGCCAGUUAACGUCAACCGAACAGCAAGUGCAAGUGGUGACCAAUAGGAGCCAGUCAAUCAAGGAGAUUCCUAGAUUUUAUUACUACACUGGAGUUUUUUGAGGGGGGGGGGGGUCUGCACGAUGGAGCUUGCAAGGGCCAUGUUGCACGAGGCAAUUUACAGGCAAUCAGUUCCAGGCAAUCUCAAAGAAGAGAAUCCAUUCACACUUAAUAUAUGUUCUCAUAAUUUUGUUGGGAAUCAUGAGACAUUGUUUGAACAACUACUCGUGUGCUACUAAAGUGGUCCUGUAGCAUGCACUGCAGUUGGCUGCCUCCAAGUUGCUUGAAAAGUUGCCUUGUGUGACAAAGGCCCCAAUGGUGAAUGUUUGGGCAUUUUUACAGGUAAUCAGUUUGUGGUUAAAUUUGUUUCAUUGAUAGGAAAUUUCAGACUUUGAUAUAUGGAGUCAGACUUGUUUGUGUCUGCUUUGGGGAGAAAAACUAUAAUUUAUGUGAUUUUCUUCAAAUUUGAAGGGAUCCUGUUCUUUGGUAUACUUCUCCAGUGUCAAGGUUUCAAGACGCUCCUUGGAAUAUUUAACUCAAGGGUGGAAAUGCCAAGAUGUCAACAUACUAAUCCCAUAGUUUUGAGACUAAUUUCAGGUCUUUUUUUUGUCAGCAGUGACUCUCCCCUUGUUAUUUGUUUUGAGGAUUUGUUCUCUCUCUUCUCUGUCACGAAUGAGAAGAGUGAUCAAGGGCCAUUCAGAAUAAUCAAUGUUUACAAAUAUCAACCUUUUAUCAAAACUGAUGGUGGGCGGGACACAUGAUCAAUGUUUGAAAAAAAAGAACUUUGUUCGGAAUGUCCUUGUACCCUUUUAUGCAUGCAGUGAACCAUCAACCUUUAUAACCAAGCAAAGUGCUGUGUAGUUGCUAUUAAAUCGUCAUCUUUUUCUACUCUAUAGUGAAGGCUCUAUAUUUUUGGACCAAUAUUUCCAUAAGAUGCACCUUGUUAUGAAUUGUUGCGCAUCUCUUUGAAAUAUUUUUAAAUUUGGUUUCUUAUCAAUGUUUCCUAAGCACCCUUUUAGUUUGCAAUAAUUUUGUCUAGAACUAGAGAAAUGAUAAUACAAUAGACUCAGAAUGCUUCAUCUUACAGACCAAGGGCAAGAAAGCAAGCCAAAAUUUUAAUCAAAUCCAACAAAUAAAAUAAUUUUCUUCUGAGCCAGAUAUCUGUAUCUAUUGGAAAACUUGGAUUUUUUUAAUUAUUAUUCCUCAUGUUAAAUGAGGUAGGUUAAAGAAAAUGUCUACUAAAAAAAUGACGUCUUUAGAGGAUUUUGCGGAACAGUACUACGAUAUGUCGCCGUUAAUCUAAGUUUUACUACUUGAUAAACUCAAAACAAAUGUGAACUUAUUUUGUUUUUAUUUGUAAAUAAGAGUAUUGUGAAUAUAAGUGAAGAAGCCUUUUCAAAAUUUAGUUCAUAAGAAUUUACUUUUCAGGUAUAAAAAAAAACCUCUGGGGUAAUAAUUGACCCGGAUUGCUUGUGCAGGCUGACGCAGAAUGCUCUGAUUCCGCGUCAGUUUGACCCUUUCACAGGUCAUUAUGAUUUGUAUGAUGCCUAUUUUGGUCAGCCUGAUCCAGAAAUGGGUCAGGCUUAACAGAUCCUAGGAUUUUGAUGCGGGAGGUUUUAGUGUGCAUAGUUUUGUUUUGUCUCAAUGCCUGUCGUUGUAUCAUGUCAUUAAGAGUUUGACUCAUACGAAGCAAAGAAGCAAAACAUUUUAGUUUGGGGAAUUAUAGAAUUAAUAUUCACUGUGACAAGGUACAAGGUUUGUAUUGUUUACAUACUAAACAUCCGAUUGUAUGACACUCGCAUAUCGAUAGGGGGAAAAUCUUCAGAUGAACCCCGUGGGGGUUGUACAGAAACAAUAUUUGACGUCCAAACCGGAAACAUAACAAGACUAUCUUUACUAUGCUUUGAUAGGCCAUGAACGUCAUAAUACAAGGACUUUUCUCGCGUGAUAGCCACGGAUGAGACAUUAAAGGAACACGUUGCCUUGGAUCGGUCGAGUUGGUCUUUGAAAAGCGUUUGUAACCGUUUGUUAUA